AUGGAGCUCUACAAGGCGUCGAUCGAAAAGCUGAUCGCCGACAAGGAGGCCGUCACCCGGAUCAAUCUCGAGAUGCAACAAAAGAUGCGAGACGUGAGUCUACAGGGCCAACGGCGAGAGGACAAUCAAAAGAAGGGAGGCGCUGUUGAACAAUUCGUGGCUGACGAGCUGACUGAUUUGGUGAAACAAAAGCAUAAACUGCUUGAAGAUGCCAAAGUCGCGAUCGAAAGGGCGAACGCUUACAUGGGAUGCACCGAGAAAAUCUUUGCAACAGGUCUUAUGAUGAACGAGUGCUUGACCAAGAAGCAAGAAGAGCUGCAGAUGAACGCUCAGAAACUCGAGUCGGCUGCUCAUCAAUUCGUGCAGAAGAGAGCCAUUCGGAAAAAGGAAGUAGAAACUGAAGGUAUUCAUCUGAAAAGGCUGGCCGAGGAGACAGAACAACGAUUGACGAGAACUGCCGACAUUGAAAAGCUGAACGCUAUUCUUCUAAGCUUAAAACAACGGAUGGAGCACGUCGCCGAGUCGGUUAAAGCCAAGGAACAACGAUACGAUGAGAUGUCUACGCAACAAAAGCAAAUCGAAGACGAGACUGAACAGCUCCAGAAUCUCAUCAAAGAAAAGGAAGAGCUGAAGCGGAUCAUUUUGGCGAAGAUCGAGUCUGAGCGCAAGAUGGCAACGGCUCUAAUGAAAAAACAAGAACAACUUCAACGCGAGACCAACAAGUCGGCUCAGCUUUUGACGGAGAGACAGCAGGAUCUGGGCGAGAAGAAGACCUUGAUCGAAAAGACCCAAGCCGAAGUGCGAGAACUAGAGGCACAAUUAGUUGGUGCCAAGGAAAAGAACACUCAAGCGGCUGCCGAGUUGAACGAGCGGAAAGAGUUGAAUGCGAAGCUAAAUACCGAGUUGACUCAAAUGCGCCAAGAUGAUGUGAAGGCGAUCAGGCAGAAAACGGCUGAACAUAAGGAAAUUUUGGAGGCUGCUGAGGAGAAACUGGCUACGCUGAUAAAAGAAGCCGAGAAGUUUGCUCAAGAGUGCGAUCCGACAAAGCUUGAGGGCUACGAAACAUUCAAGGAUCUGAAUGUGGAAACGCUGAAUGCAAUGUUGGAAGAAGCCCUGAAGAAAGAAGAAGCCUUGCAAAAGGAAGUCGACGCCAAACGCGCUAUACAGGAGCAGAUCAUCGAGGAGAAAAAGACAAGUUCUGGAAAAGAAGGCUGUUCUUGCACAGGAAAACAUGGUCGCUCACAACAAGCU